AUGCGGCUACGCAAAACUAUCACGAUACCGACACGCUUCGAAGAAGAGGAUGCUCCGCCUGCGAAGUCGCGGAAUGGCACUAGGCCGACUUACCCUGCUCUCCUGAAGGAGCAGAUCAUUCCUUUCGAUCCAAAUCACCCACCCGCGGCGUUCCCGUCUCUUUCGCUGAAGACCAAAGACACGUCUGACCACGUCCAGAUCGAGACUGAAUCUGAUCACUCAUUCACUAACAGCCAACAUGGGCGCAAAGGUCUUCGUAUUGAUAUUCUAGAUGAUCUCAAUGACCCUCUAUCAAAUGCGCAUGAAUCAAUGCUUUCCCUUGAUACCGACAUACGUCUUAACGAAACCGACAACCUUGCACGUGAUGAUGAGUUUGACGAAUACGACGGCCUUACACUUGUUGACAUGAUGCAGCCGCCGCUACGUGAUCCGGAUGACACGUCAAUCUCUGAGCAGGAUAAGGUUCAUUCUAUGGAAGAUUAUGCUUCGACUUGGGGUGCCCUUCCAUUGUCAAUGCAAAGCCAUAUCUACAUGGCACUGAAUCGACAAUACUCUCCGAAGUCAGUGUCAAGGGUUCUGGGCUUGACCGAGAGUGAAUUCGACGCAAUACAGAAAGCGAUACGGCUUCGUAGCUUGCAUCCGGCUUCACUGUCGGAGAUAUGGGAAUAUGCAAAUCAGCUCAGCAAUAGCAUUGGCGGCCUCCCUGAAUUGAAUUCAAUUCAUUUCAACACACUCAAUGAACACAUGGACUACAUGGUCUUCGCGAGCAAUUAUUCGUUUGCUUAUGAGUCUGAAGUCAGAGGUGCUCGGAACUUCCUCGCGUCACGCGGGAUCUCGUCUGACCUUCUUGGAACCUGGCUACCAGACCCUUCGGAGCCGGACGGAAGCGAAUGUCUUGUCCACGUUCCAGGAGUCCUGGGCAGGACAUCGCUGCCAGCUAUUGACGUCCAUGAUGACUCGGGAUAUUCAUCUAUGUCUGAUCCAAUGACUCAGGCAUAUGCAUUCGAUCCAGAAUCUACUCUCGUUCACUUCCCUGAAGAUCUGACAGCUUCGGCUCAGAGUGCCGUUGAUGCUGAAGUGCGACACGACAGCAGCUCAAAAGACACAUCCGGCGCGACUAUUGCUGAACAGUGUGGUAUUACGACCGAAGGAACUGGAAACGCGCUUUCAGUUCCAGUUGAGGAGUUGUCUGAAGAGGAAGCUAUGCCAGUCAGACCGAACCCACGUCAUUUGGUCCUCAGAAUCCAGAACAAAGAUGGCCUGGCACGGAUCAUGCAGAAGGGACCCAAGUCGGCCGAGAGCUACGACUCUACGACUCCAGCGGAGCCGGGACUACCAGCAUAUCCCAGUGCUCGUGACACACAACAUCCUGCCGAAGUGGCUCCGUUACGCUCUCUGAAUCUCAACACCAAGAUGUCGUCUUUCAGCAAAGCACUGAUUGAGAGUGCUCUACACGCGGCGGAGGAAACCACGCCUAGCAGUAAGAGCAACUAUCUGUCAUUCCGGGCGGUUGGCACCCCAACAAAGCCUGUGAGCAUGCCCACGUUGUUGACGAAGCGGAAACCGUCUCAGACGGAUAUUUCUCCAGCUUCAGCAAAGAUCCAGCGAGCGGCUACUCAUUCACAACACUCUUCACCCCGGAAUGGUAUCGUCACAAAGGAGGGCAACAACAUCCGCCUCAGCCACUCUCAAGCUAAGCAGUCUUGGACGCCUCGACCGAGUUCAAGCCGGACGUCCAGCGAAAUCAGCACUCCAACGAAGCGCAAUGUUGAGGUGACAGAGUCUGUUCCUUCGAACUCUGCAGAAGCGCAACCAUCGUUCAGGAGUCCGCGAUCGCCUUCUUACUCGCCAAUAUCCGAGAACGAAGAAUUAGAAGAGUUCCAGGCACUUAUUCGUGGACCGAAGGCACCGACUUUGAGCAUCAAGGUUCCUACUCCGACCAUGGAGCUUGAACCCCUUAGGACGUUGUCUUUAACACCAACACAUGGACUGAGUCUCCAUUUUCAGGAACGAGUGACGUUGAACUCUCCAGCGCUCCUCGGCAGCAGUCAGCAUGUCAUUCGGCGCCCUUCCCCUUCGGUGUUCUCCUACACGACGAAAGUUGUCGCAGAUGCAGAGACAUCAUCGUCACCUGAAGACAGUGGAGAUCUGGUCACCGCACCUAUGCCAAAGAUCAAGCUGAUCGUUAGACGUCCAAGCAGCACGUUAGACACGGCUGAUGCUGAUGAUUCAAAAGAGGACAAAUCUGGUCCAAAGUCAACAUUGCAGACACAGGUCCCACAGCAUGUGGUUGAAGAGGGUCCCACUGCCGUAUCAACUCCCACACUCGAUCAGGAGGUAGCGACAAAGGCCAAGACGGCCAAGCGAGCCCGACCCCGAAAGGAGACACCGCAACCGCAAGCCAAAGUCCCAGCGAAACCUCCCGGUAAGAAGAGAGGCCCAAGAGGUCCGUAUCGGAAGACGAAGGAGCGAUUGGCCAGGGAGGAAGAAGAACGCACAACGCAAGACGGACGUGAUCAGAAUCAAGCUGAGCAAGACGCGCAGCAGCAACAGCAGGAGGCACAAGCAGAGCAGGCUUCGCAACAAGAGCCACUGAACCGCAAGAAGAAAGCUCCGAUGUUUUAA